AUGAAGACCACCACAUUAUUGUUAUUGGCUGUAUGCCUGACUUCUGUUGCGGCUAUGCCGCACCAGGAGCGCAUAAUCGGUGGAAGCACUACCACCAUUCAGACGUACCCAUUCGCUUGUUCGUUGCAGACCACUUCAGGAGCGAGCUGGCGACACGUGUGCGGCUGUUCCAUCAUAAACAACAGAGCUGUCUUGUCCGCUGCACAUUGUUGGCCUCGCACAGCUGCCGGGGGUAGCUACCGCGUUCGAGUGGGUUCGAGCCAGAGGAGCAGCGGUGGCUCCAUGCUGACCGUACAACAACUGUUCGGCCACCCACAGUACAAUACAAGGAACCACGACAACGACAUUGGCGUCGUCAGGACGUCUGUCGCCAUCCCCAUAGGCUCUGCUUCAGUCCGCGCGGGGAACAUCGCUGGAGCAAACAACAACCCCCCUGACAACGCCAACGUCAUUGCUAUCGGAUGGGGCUUCACUACCCCUACUGGAUCACCAUCAGAAACCCUCCGUCACGUACAAAUCAGGGUUGUCAACCACAACCAAUGCAGGAACGCCUAUGGUGGUAGCACCAUCACCGCCAACAUGCUCUGCGCGAUGUGGCCAGGUGGUGGCAGAGGAUCUUGCUUCGGAGACUCUGGAACUGCCCUCAUCCACAACAACGUGGUGGUCGGUGUCACCAGCUUCGGAGCUGAAUGUGCAUCAGCUCGCUGGCCAGGAGUAUACGCCAGGGUAUCUAGAUACACCGCCUGGAUUCGACAACAUGCUUAA